AUGGAAGUUAAGGCCACGAUGGACACCGGAGCCACAGCAAGCUUUAUUAGCGAAGAGUUGGCGGACAGGUUGCGGGCAGUGGUAGAGGUCGUAGCCACGAGAAGAGAGGUGCGGAUGGCUGAUGGACGGUUCGAGGAGGUCACAUCGCUGCUCGAAGUAGACGUAGGACUGGGAGAGAGGACCGUAAGAAUGCAACUGCUAAUCCUCCACAACAUCAUCGACGCGCUAGUACUGGGAUGGGAUUUCCUAACGAAAGUUGGAGCCAGGAUAGCAUGCGCGGGUCUGAGCGCAACGAUACCGGCGGGACAGCUGGUGCGAAGCAAUGCACGCGAGAAGCUGUCAGUGGCAGUAGUGGAAAGGACGACCGACUUUGCGGAGGAAGAUAUAGACGGCUUCCUGAAGGCAGAGCUAGCAGAUUUGGGAAGAGUCCAAGGGACGUCAACGGUGGCGGUGCACAGAAUCACGAUGAAAGACGAUCAACCGGUCAAACAGCGCUACUACCCGAAGAACCCGAAGAUGCAGGUGGAGAUCAACGCCAAGGUCGACGAGUUGCUACAAAAGGGGUGCAUCGAGCCGUCUAGGAGCCCGUACAGCUCUCCCAUAGUGAUGGUGAAAAAGAAGACGGGUCAGUGGCGCUUGUGUGUGGAUUUCCGCCAAAUAAACGCAGUCCGUGAAGGAUGCGUACCCGAUGCCAAUGAUCAACUACAUUCUGGAUCAACUAAGGGAGGCGAAAUACAUAAGCAGUCUGGAUUUGAAGGACGGGUACUGGCAGAUUCCGUUGGCAGCAGCAAGUCGGCAAUAUACGGCAUUUACGGUGCCGGGAAAGGGCCUGUUCCAAUGGAAAGUAAUGCCUUUCGGACUGCACUCCGCAUCGGCAACGUUCCAGCGGGCGUUGGACCAGGUGAUAGGACCAGAGAUGAUGCCACACGCAUUUGCGUACCAGGACGACAUAAUUGUGAUCGGACGGACACUACAAGAGCACAAGCGUAACCUGAAGGAGGUGUUCCGGAGGCUGAGGGCGGCAAACCUGAAAGUUAACGCAGAUAAGUGCAAGUUCUUUCGAAAGGAGCUACAAUACCUGGGCCACCGGGUGACGGAUCAGGGCAUCGG